AUGCGUUCAAAGAGCACGCCUGCGAAGUCGGUAGAGCAAGAGGCUCGUGAACAACGCCUUGUGCAUGUUCUGCAGGUCAGGGGGUCAAGUCAAGGUCUGAAGACGUGCACGGGGGAGUUCAGGGAGUGCGGAGAGGCGGGAUUAUGGUCACGUCCUGCGCUUGUGGAGCCAGCCAACCUUCCUCAGUAUGGGGCCAGUCCCCUGCGUUUCUCGGCACGAGAAGCUGGUCUAAGCGCAGCCUUCGCCGUUCAAACUGCACCUGCAGGUUUUCCAUGCCUGAACCUGACCAGAGUGCUGACAAGAGCAGUGACAGCAGCCUAGAGAGUUUUGCGGUGGUUGCAGAGGACACCACAGGAAGUGCCACAUCAGAAGAUGCUGUGAGGAGCCCCUUGGGCGAGAUGGGGGCGUCCGCCC